CUUAUUCCAACAUGUUCUCAAUUUGGUCUUUGAAAAAUUUUGGGCUUGAAGACAGAGAGCUGAUAGGUCCACUAGAUUGGACCGGUUCGUCAUUGAGUCCAUCACCAAACCAAUGUGACGUCAGCUCAUACGCAUGUGCCUUGAAAAGGUAGCCCACAAUUUUACCUCCUAUAAAUUCAGCCCGCCCGACGGGAGCUUUUUAGCAGAAUCACGUUCUUCAUUAAACUUUGGUUUCCAUCAAUUUUGGGACUUUUCUCCAGAAGACUCUUCCUUUUUUUUUUUUGAUAUUCCGUAAUUCAUUUCAAAAACUCACCGGGAUUUGAACCAUGUGUCCGACCGGAAGCGUCAUUGGUAGGGAGAAAGGGAGAAAUUCGAAUCUCCGGUCAGCAUUCGACGUGCUGGACGCUGACCACGACGGGAAAAUCAGCCGGGACGAUUUGAGAACCUUCUACGGCGGGUAUUUCGGCGGAACGUCGUCGCAGAACGACUACGACGACGUUAUCGGGACGAUGAUUUUCGUCGCCGACGCAAACAGAGACGGGUUCGUUGAAUACGAUGAAUUCGAGAAGGUUCUGGGGGGCGGCGGCGGCGAGAGGCCCGGAAAAAAGGUGAACGGAGGCCGGAGUGGUAAAGACAGCUUGAUGGAGGAUGUUUUUAAGGUAAUGGAUAAAGACGGAGAUGGGAUUGUGGGCCAUGAAGAUUUGAAGGAUUAUUUGACUUGGGCUGGGCUGGCCGUCAACGACGAGGAUAUUAAGGCCAUGAUUAAGUUGGGCGGCGGCGGCGACGGCCGUGGCGUUUCUUAUGAAGGAUUGCUGAAGGUUUUGUCUGUUUAAUCAAUUAUUAUUAUUAUUUGCGAGGAAGACUACUUCAAGAGUUUAGGAUUUUUUUUUUUUUAUUAUGAUGAUGACGAUAAAUCAUAAAUGUCAAUGACAAGAUUAUUGUUUUGAUUAGGAGUUUAUGGAAAUUUUGGAAUAUAAUUGUGAUUAUAUUUUGUAUUUAAUCUUUUUUUUUCCCCACCACCUGUUUUAAGAAAAUUGAUGAGAAAUCAUUGUUGCAUUCAACUUGAUGUUAUUCUCAUGUCAUUUGUAAUCUGUUUCUCUCAAACUGAUUUGUUCUUUGUUCUGACUUUAGAGUUGUGACGAUGGAGUAUUAAAUUAAUCAUGACAUUAUUCUUUUCCCAUUUUAGAAGUCCUUUUCUGGGAGCGAUAGUUUUAUGCGUGUGUGUGUGUGUGUUUUGGUUGUUGUUGUUGUUGUUGCUCUUGUUUUGUGUGGGUACUUUUACAACAUUGUUACAAGUUUGGAGCAACUCUUCAGAGGAUUCAAGAGGCGGCGAUCUCUUGUUAAUUGUUUACUGAGAAACAACAAAGAAAAUGGUUCUCUUGUUAAUUUUGAUUCACACGUUUCUUGCGCAAAUGUAUAAAAUUCUCUCUCAUUUGAGUUCACAGCAACCAUCUAAACCGGUGACAAUUUACAAAUGCUCUACAAUUUUAAUAGAGAGAAGAUCAAACCUUUCUCGACAAUUUUCAUAAAUUUUGAAAGAGAUACGACCA